UAUAGCAUCGCCCCUUCUCUUCCUUCAUCCAUCUACCUACCAUCUACCAUCAUCAUCCAUAAUCGUCAUGUCGUCUGCUCAGAUCAUGCAGAACCUCCUCAACAGAGGCAGACAGCAACUGUCUACUCUACGGAGCCGAUUCGGCAGCUCAGCUGAAAAACAACCUCGCAAGGAAACUCAUCUCCUUCGCACCUCGUUGAGCGCCCACCGUCCCGUCUGGGUCACCGCGGGGGGAGGCACGUACACCACCCUCGAAAGAAAAACAAAGAAAAUCCAACAAAAAAAAUCGACCCUGUGCUGAAGACAACGAUGCACUCGAUCGAGAAAAAAAAAAAAAGUAUUUGGUACUGUUACUAGGAAUAGUUCUUAGCCACUGGAUGGCGGCGUUCAAUGAAUGAUACUUUAAUAUACGAC